AGAUUUCACCCCCAAAAUGCUUGAAACCACAUUUCAGGGACUCUAAAUUUUAAAAUUUUCCCUGGGGUGCAUGCCCCCGAACCCUCUAGAGCGUACUUAAUAAUCUUUGGAAUUCUGCAAGAUUUCACCCCCAAAAUGCUUGAAAUCACAUUUCAGGGACUUUAAAUUUCAAAAUUUUCCUGGGGGUGCAUGCCCCCGGACCUCCAUAGAUGGUCUCGCGCCUUCGGCGUUCGCUUCGCCCCCCCUGAAAACAGAUUUUUACAUGGUUACCGGACUGCUAAAAAAUAAAAAUACUUUUUUCUUUACAUAUAACAAAGUCAAAGAAAGAAAUAGAGAAGACGAUCCGGGAACAGAAGAAUCAAAUACUGUUUUAUAUGCAGUAGUUGGAAUUAUAGUUGCCAUUAUAAUUAUACCUGUUUUGGCAGCACUGAUAGUCAUAAUUGUCAAACGUCGUAACAUGAGACGUAUGGAUGAUGAUAAUGGCGGUAACAAUGGUGAAGGACGUGGUGGUGUUGAUAAUGGUCCUAACGCGGAUAAUUAUGAAGUACCUCAUGCCGCUGUUGAUAAUGAUGGUAAUAAUGAUGAAGGACCUCGUAACAUGAGACGUAUGGAUGAUGAUAAUGGCGGUAACAAUGGUGAAGGACGUGGUGGUGUUGAUAAUGGUCCUAACGCGGAUAAUUAUGAAGUACCUCAUGCCGCUGUUGAUAAUGAUGGUAAUAAUGAUGAAGGACCUGCCGAAGUUAAUAAUGGUCGUAACAAUGGUGGAGUUGACAAUGUUGACUUGUACGAUUUUGCUGCAAAUGAGAUUAUAAUCUGACUUGAGGCGAAGUUUCCAAUAGUAGCUGAUUUAACUCUUCAAUAAUUCAUAAGCUUAUUGGCAAAUCAUGUCAACCAUAAUAUGUCACGUGCAGUGGCUUUAAACCUGAUAAAACACUCCUAAUUAGUAUUCUUUAUAUAAAGAAUACUAAUAAGGCAGUAUCUAUUGUAGUCGUGUCCUCAUUAAUUAUAGUAUUCUUUAUAUAAAGAAUUCAAAUAAGGCAGUAUAUCUAUUGAAUUUGUAGACGUAGUCGUGUUUGAAGCCGUUUAAUAAACUCGCAGGUCGUUUUUUAGGUCUAAAAACACUCCUGCUCGGUUAUUAAACAGUACAUAAUAUACUAUCAUAUAUGGAAACAACUCAGUAGUUUAUCAUGCGCAUACAGAGUGUAUAAAAAAGAGUAGACAAUUAUACUAACGUGAAAGCAUAGGGGCAGCCUGAGGAAUUGUCGAGCCGAAGAUACUACUUAAAAAUCGGCAAUUUGCUGCACCGGUCCCCAGAGCCUUUUAACCAUAUUACUGGGGCAAAUGUCCCCCAAGCCACCCCCUUCCAUGCAGUCACGAGUUAGAGAGCGUUUGCACUCAUUCCCUAGGGAUGGUGUUCCAGACAAAAGAGUCUAAUUAAAAUUCUUUUGAAUUGGAACAACAGCAUGGCGGCUGUGACGUCAUGUGCAAACGCUCUAUUCCUAUCAAUUCAUAUAAAAAUAUACGGUGUGUCCUGAAUUUGCAUAAAUACUUCAUAUUGCACAAUACGUACGUACCGUUCAUCUUCAUACGAGACUUACAUGUUGUUAUUAAACUGAAUGUAACUUAUAUAAUAUAGCUAAAGUAAAGUAAAAAACAAAUUCCGAAAAGACAAGACAUCUUGAGAAUACAAUAUAUGAUUCAAAACAAGACGAAAAUUAACAGUCGAAAAUUUACAGUUUCAACCUGCGUCUUGUUUUGAAUCAUAUAUUGGCUGGUUAUGUUUUUUUUGUAACAUGGGUUUUUUGUAGAUAUUGUUAACAAGCGCAAAUAAAUAAACAAAUGAGGGUAUACGUAUAUUGAUAUGCAUGGG